AUGAUUGCGUUUUUGGUUGCGACACAUGUAGGAAAACAGGGAGGAUUCGGGAAGGACAUUUGGAUGCUUACAGUAGAGCAAAUCACUACCUUCAUUAAGGGCUUCUUCGCCUUCGAGAUUCUUUAUUUCGUGACUCUCGCAGUCAUCAAAGCUUCGAUCCUGUUCCUAUACCUACGCAUCUUCGGCUCGAUCACGGACGUAUUCCGCAAGAUUCUUUGGGGCACACAAAUCUUCAACGUCGCUGUAUGCAUCACGUUCAUUAUUGUCAAUCUCAACCAGUGCAAGCCUCUCAGCUACUUUUGGUACGGAUGGGAUGGCAAAUAUCCUGGGUCUUGUAUUGACCUAUCGGCCAUGACGCUUUCGCACGCUUCUCUCAACAUCGCGAUCGACGUAUGGAUGCUGAUUCUCCCCGCCACGCAAAUUUACAAGCUCAAUUUGCAGAAGAGGCAAAAGGCGGGAAUCAUGUCGAUGUUCGGCGUUGGCAUCUUGUGA